AACGACCGUGUCUGGACCGUGGUCAUCAGACGGAGGAUUUGAUCAAGCAAGAUGAAGGUCUUCGUUGUAGUGUUGGCAGUGAUCUGCGUUUGUAGUGCCAAGCCAUUGCUCAAGAGGAGCAGGCAAGAGGUGGAAGAUUAUCUAAGUGAUAAAAGUCCUGCCGAAAUCAGAAAAGCAGCUGGAGAAGCUAAGCAAUGGAUUGAUGGUAUCAUAUCGGAAGGAGAAAAAAUACUUGCAGCUGGAGAUCUAUUCAAUGAUGACUUGGAGCCUAUUCCAGAAGUAGACAAGGCUGUUGAUGUCCUGAAGGAGGACGUCAGUCCUUUGUUAGAUAAUCUCCCACCACUUCCCAAGGAUGAAGAGUUGCAUUUCUUGGAUGAUUGUAUCGCCACUGCCAUGGCCACAGAUUUCAAAUCCAUGGCCAGCGACAAGGACCGAUUAACAGAGAUUACCCGUCAGGUAAUCACCUGCGCCGGAACCGGGCUGACCAUCAUUUCGCAGAAUCUUGAUUUGACUGGUGUAAGUGAUGAUGACAUAGCCUCUGGUUCUUUGGCAUAUCGUUUGGACAUUCUCGAGGGUGUUGCUAUUGAAAUGGGUCAUCUUGCUAAAUGGGUUCUUGGAUUUGUCGAGAAGGCAGAAAAAGGACAAUUGGAUUUCGAUAUGGGAAAACGUGGGUCUUCGCCAAAGGAACAGUUCAUGGAAAUGAUUGCUAACGCCAGCCCAGAAGACAUUCGUAAAGGUGCUGCAGAAAUCGAAGAUGAAUUGGAAGAUGCAAUUGAAAUCAUGGAUCAAAUGAUCGAGCUUGACGGAGUUCUUGGUGAUGACCUUCAGCCAACUGCCGAAUUCAAGGCUCUCGAACAGCAACUGAAGAGAGAUGAAAAGAAAGAAAAAGAGAUAUUGGCCAAGCUGCCCGCUAUGGAUGAUUCGAAACAAUCACUCUUUCUGGAAAACUGCAAGGAAGAGGCCAAGAAAACCAACUUUGAUUCCUAUGCAAAACCUAAGGCUUUCCUGAACGAGGUUUUCCGCCAAGUUCUCGUCUGUGGUGCCACUGGUCUUGAGGUUAUGAAGGAACUCGUCGACCUUGAAGACGUAGAAGAUGAAGACCUGAAUGUUGCCGGACUUGCUGACCGUGUAAAUAAGUUGGAACAGGCAGCUAUAGAGAUGGGAAAUUUGGCAAAAUGGGCCGAAGAGUUUGUUAAACGUGCCGCGGCAGCAAAGUUUCAGGGGAAUGGAAACGAUUUGGUAGGUCUGCAGGAUAGAAUGUUUGGAGGCAAGAAAGGUAAAGGACCCAAGCCUACUGGAAUGCCACAGCGUACCAAGGGACCAAGGCCAACUGGAGGACCAAAGCCAACUUGGUUUGAGAAGGAUGACGAAGACAGGAAGUUUGGAGGUAAGAAGGGACCAAAGCCCACAGGAGGACCAAAGCGCACCAAGGGACCAAGGCCAACUGGAGGACCAAAGCCAACUUGGUUUGAUGACGAAGAUAGAAAGUUUGGAGGUAAGAAAGGCAAAGGACCAAAGCCUACUGGAGGACCAAUGCGCACCAAGGGACCAAGGCCAACUGGAGGACCAAAGCCAACUUGGUUUGAUGACGAAGAUAGAAAGUUUGGAGGUAAGAAAGGCAAAGGACCAAAGCCUACUGGAGGACCAAUGCGCACCAAGGGACCAAGGCCAACUGGAGGACCAAAGGGUACCAGGGGACCAAAGCCAACUUGGUUUGAGAAGGAUGACGAAGACAGGAAGUUUGGAGGUAAGAAGGGACCAAAGCCCACAGGCGGACCAAAGCGUACCAAGGGACCAAGGCCAACUGGAGGACCAAAGGGUACCAGGGGACCAAAGCCAACUUGGUUUGAGAAGGAUGACGAAGAUAGAAAGUUUGGAGGUAAGAAAGGCAAAGGGCCAAAGCCUACUGGAGGACCAAUGCGCACCAAGGGACCAAGGCCAACUGGAGGACCAAAGCCAACUUGGUUUGAUGACGAAGAUAGAAAGUUUGGAGGUAAGAAGGGACCAAAGCCUACAGGAGGACCCAAGCCAACUGGAGGCCCAAAGCCAACUGGAGGAUCAAAGUUUGACCGAAGAGCUCUCUUACGUCGCAUCAUGAACGCCCUUAAGGCUUAAUUAUUUUCAUCACGUACCCUGCUCUACUGAAAAGAAAGCCCCUUUCAAAUUUUAUGCAUUUUGUUAAUUUUACUUUGUAAAUAUACUAUGUUGCAAUUUUA